AUGGCCACGAGUGAACAUGGCAAAUCGCCUGAAUCCACAGGGAGUGAAGUGCGUCUUCGCAUCCAAGGCCUCAGACGCGCUCUGGACGACGCACCAGAGCUGUCAAUCUCUAAGAAAGAUGACGAUGUGCCCAUUCCAGAAUCAGAAGAAACCAUUCUCCUGCCGGGCGAUCUCCCAGUGUCAGAGCUGUGGACUAAAUUAAAAGGUCAGUUGUUCUUCCAGACCUCUACUGCAUUGUACGCAAAGAAAAGGCCUGACCAGGUGGUAGAGCUGGGCUAUACUCUUCCCGACUCACUCUCUCGCAAUGGAGAGAAGUGGAAACCUGGCCGCGUCAAGCCCCAGUUCCAAGAAUUCGAGCAAAUCACCGUGGUCCAGGAUGACUUGCCUCCUGAACCCAGCAAGUCCAUCCACAUUGAUGACAGACUCAUUGCGUAUACCAAUCGCCACUUCGGCCAGGCGAUGCAGUUCAACGUCGACGAGAAUAGUUCGAACCUGUAUGGCAUGAAGAUCGACAGCCUCAAGGACUCGCGGGGGCUGGAGAUCACGUUUCACCGGACGGUCAGAAUGCCAGAUGACGAGAAGCUUCACCAGCUGCCUGGGUCGCUGGGAGCCUUUCCCCUCUACAGCGUUGAGGGAUAUGCCGACAAGUUGCCCAGCGCGAUUGUGCAGGCAGGUGGAGUUUUCAUGCCCAUGUGGCAGCGAGAGGCACUUUGGAUAAGCCUGGAAGCACGAAUCGGCACGCGGUACGCUCUGAGAUUCUCCGUGGGACGUAUCAAUGCCGUCUCUGGGGAGAAGAUGGACCAAGAAAAGGACGUCUCGGCCGAUGGACCAGGGGUUCAAGACUAUGUCGUCGUCCCGGGCCAGGAGUGGCUCGAUGGGAUCUGUGUCGCUCCCGGGAUUGUGAGACAGUUUGUCGCCAUGCCAUUGGGUUCUGGAUACACUGUCGAGGGCCAAAAGACGGGGGAAGAGAAGCACGGAGGCCUGCAGAUCGAGAUCAUCCCGGCCUUCCAGGAGAGAUUACGGACCUGGGCUAAAGACUCGACUGGAGAUAUAAGUGCCUCAGACCUGGAAUACGGGCGACUCGACGAACACAGCACGCCACGCCAGUUGGGGCUCGGAGUUGGCAACACCAUCAGGCUGUACCCAGAGAAGGCUGUCGAAUACGUCCCAGCAACGCUGGCAGAUAUGGUUGGAGGAGCACACGAGGACGAGGACUGCCCCGUAUUCGUACCAGAAUACAGAGCUGCUCUGAGAAAGGAUAGAAUCAAAUCUAUGCUGUCAGAACGCAAGUACGAGUGGGGAGAAAUGAGUUCGUACAGUAAUCUCCUUCGUGAGAGCGUAUAUCAAUCUGUCGACCGCAUCGGUGUCGGAAAUGGAACUGCAGCACUUGCACUAGAGCCAGCCAUGGCCAUGUCCUCCGCCUAUACCCGCGGUGAAAGCCUAUCGAUGGCAGGUCAAGCCUCUGCGGCCGCUGACGAAGGUUUCUACGCUGGCGAGUUCGUGGGAGCUGCUACUUAUCAGGACAUGUCGAGAGAACCCCAAAUGAAUGCAGCAGAGUCCAAACCCACCAUCACGACCAAAGACCUCAAGGCGAUGGGACUGGCCGCUGGUGGAAAGCUCGUCCAAGACAUAUAUCGGGACCACAAUCCAGCGUCCAUCUGGAACACCGAAGCUGCAAGGCUGGUCCAUGUCCACAUCCUGGACCCGGCAUCCUGCGAGGCCGUCACCCACGUCGUGCCCCCACCGCCGCCGAUUGAUGCGAUGGGUUACAUCGAAGAGGGCGGUGCAUUCUUCGUCGUGGAAGAGCAGCCCGAGAAUCGCGUUGACGGGGGAAACUUUGACAACGUCAAGUCCGUCUCGGCCAUGGAUCAGCAAAAAGAUGUGCAGAGCGAGCCGUCGCUUGAUCCAUCACAGCCGACCCGGUGCAAGUGCGGGAUCAGACUGUGUGACUGCGUCGUCCGCCCUUGCGACCACCAGUUCUGCAAUGUCUGCGUUCGUGAAGUCGACCCGUCGGCAAUCACCCGCAGCUUCACCUCCGCCGAACCCCCUUCAAGAGACAGAUGGUUCUGCCCGACUUGCAAGACGGCAGUGUCCUAUGUUGCGGGAUUCUCGGCUCCUAUGAACUUGCCUGGUGAGGAAACGGUCAAGGUCCGGGUACCGGUCAAUGUCCUCGAGGUUAAGGAUGGCAGGGUUGCGUUCAAGAGUAUUCAACAAUCUAGGAUCUGA